CGGCAUUGCUCACUUUUUGUUCCACCCAAGCACCCAUCCGGUGCAGGCCGAGAUAUAUAAAGCAUAACCCACCAAAAAUACUGCUAGGAUCCUACAGUCGAUGUUAACUGUAUCAAGGCAUCGAUGAUCAAAGUCAAACCAACAUCACAUCAUCUGGACUUGAUUCCUUCACACCUCAUUGUAUGCCGAUCAAGUCAAUCAUCGACUAAAAGCGCUCAAUCAAGAUUCGAAUCCUGAGGCGGAAAUAAUCAACGCUGCCAUCAGAGGAUGCACCGCCAGAUGUUGCCGGAGUCAAUACCUGGAUCCAUGACGUCCAGCCGUGCGGAGGAAAAGUUGGAUGUACGAAGACGGGUGUGGAAGACGUUGCGCACAGUCGCCCGGCCAGACUCGCGUUUCCAUUUCGACUUCACCAGCUUUAUUACGGACUUCGAGGGGUCAGAUCGGGCGACGGCGAGGUUGGUCGAGUUGUCAUCCUACAAAAACUCGACCGUCGUUUUCAUCACUCCCGACAACUGUUUAGAAGAGCUACGAUUACGUGCAUUGCGGGAUGGAAAAACCGUGUUGAUGACGACGUACGGCAUUCGUCGAGGGUUUUGGGAAUUGGAUCCCGUCAAAAUCGAAGAGAGCCAGUACGCCAACGCGGCAAUGUUGGACGGGAUGGAACGACUGGGCACUCCCUUGAGUCUCGCCGACAUUCUAGCCAAACGCUGGCACAUCCCGUUCAUGGUGACCGGCACCGGAGCCAUCAACACUCGAGGAGUCCGGUUCGGCAAAGGCCACGGAUUCUUCGACCUCGAAUGGGCCAUCCUGUACACCCUGGGAGUCGUCGACCAGACGACCGUCGCCGCGGCCAUCGUCCACGACUGCCAGGUGCUCGAGGAAGAGUUGCAUCCUGAGGAAUUCGACACCCUUUGUGAGGUUGUCGUCACCCCCACCCGGGUCCUGCAUGUCCCUGACGUGCAAAAGCCGACCUGCGGCGUGCUGUGGCCGCUCCUCCAGCCCAACAUGUUGGAACGCAUUCCCCCGCUGCAGGAACUCAAGGCGAUGAGCUUGCAAAAAUUGUAGCUGGGAGAACGUACGGACUACUUGCCGGAUAACGGGGAGCCGAUGGGGACAUUCUCGGUACCCAAAAGAUACACCAGAAAAUCUCAGGACAAAUGAUUCUAAUUCCUCCUAUCUGUUCACCAAACUUCCCACGAGGAACCGACG